AAAAAUUAAAAGGGGUUCCCAAACUUUUUCAUAUGACUGUACUUAGCUGGUGGCCAGCUUCAUGAGCAAGUAGUUUAAGAGAUUUAAAUUUAUCUGACACAAUGAGCUGCUCAUCUUUUACUGUUGGGGGGGACGAAUUGAAGUAGCGCCUCAAAACAAGAUAUGCUUAAAAGUAACGCUGUAUAGACUUGAUCGUUUAUUAUUUUAAGGGCAGCCGCAUCGAAAUGUGCCCUGGUAACUGUUCUGGACAGUCCUGGCUGGGCAUUGUGGAUGGGUGUGCUGCUGCUCGUUGAAAACAAAGGAAGUGUUUGACGACGUGUGACAAGCCGGGUGAUUGAAAUGCAAAAACACAAACAAAAAAAAAGCCGAGGUGAAGGCGCCAGGCGGUACUGCGACACAGAAACUAGGAAGUGAAAGCGGACAGCAAGAGUCGCACAGUGCGGUGGGGAGGGGGGUGGGGGUCCAGAAUCGAAAUCCAACGAGCGACAAGUGACAUAAACGGAGAACGAAGUCAAAGUGGCAUGAAGAGCGCAUUCCGGUAAGAAAGAACAAGAUUCAUAGCGUCCUCUGAGACAUGGCAGACCCCGGCCUGCUGCUUCGCGACCUGGACAAAGGAACCCUGAACCGGUUGGCUGACAUUUUAGACAACACUGUGUGUGGCUGGAAGAAGCUGGCGCGGACUGUGAGCAGCGAGCCCCGCUUCAGAUUCAGUGACAAAGAGCUGGACAGCUGCUCCCUCCAGGUCUUGUCUCCAGAAGGAAGCCCCAGCAGAAGGCUCCUAGGCUUACUGUCAGACCGGGCCUGCUCUGUGGGUUUUCUGCUGCGCUGCCUUCAAGCCACCGAGCACACUGAAGCCACCCAGUACCUGACACAUGUAGUUAUGGAGUCAAUCAGAGUGGUGCAGCAGCCUCAGCCUCAGUCUGGUCUGGAGGGCAGCAGGAUCUCAUUAAGCUGCAAGGCAGAAGGGCCUCCAUCCCUGAGCUACCAGUGGUUCAAAGGAAAAGAUGAGGUCACAGGUGCCACCGCUUCUGAGCUCUGUCUUGGGCCCCUUAUUGCUCAGGACCAGGGACACUACAUCUGCCGAAUUCAUCUUGGAGACCAGUGUGUCUUCUCGCAGUGGGCUCUGGUGCAGGUUAUCAGAGCAGACAGUCCAACCCCAGCCGGUGGGUUCCAGCCAUCAGUGACAUCAGGCUUGUACAUCCAGAAGCAGCCGACAUCACAUUCACUGUGUGAGGGAGAUGUACUCGUACUGGAGUGUGUGGCUUUUGGGAACCCCCCUCCCCAGUAUCAGUGGUAUUGUAAUAAAGCGUCACUUCCUCAGGAAAAGCACACUCGACUGCGGAUUAACUCUGUGACAACAGCAGACAGAGGGCAGUACAGAUGCCGGGUAUACAACCUCUUUCAAGAGUUAUGGAGUGAGGAGGUUCUUGUGGAAAUCGGGCCUAGUCUUUCCAAUGGACCAUUAUGGGGAGAGGAGCAAGAAGAGCCAGACAUAGGAUUCCAGGCAUCUAAGGAAAAAUUGCAGUGCCACUUCUAUGCGACAGACAAGGUAGCGCUUCUCAUUGGCAACAUGAAUUACAAGUUCCACCGGCGCCUCCAAGCACCCAUGGCUGACGUGCAUGAGUUAGCCAAUCUGCUACGCCAGUUGGACUUUAAAGUCGUCUCACUUCUGGACCUUAAUCAUCGGGAGAUGCAGUGUGCUGUCAGGGAGUUCCUGUUGCUGCUCGACAGAGGUGUUUAUGGGCUGCUGUAUUAUGCAGGCCAUGGAUAUGAGAACUUUGGUAAUAGCUUCAUGGUUCCUAUUGAUGCUCCCUCUUCCUACACUCUCGACCAUUGUUUGUGGGUGCAGGAGAUCCUACAUCAAAUGCAGGAGCGUCAGACUGGCCUCAACAUUUUUCUGCUGGACAUGUGUCGCAAGCGGAACAUGAAUGAUGAGGUCAUUCCACGGCCAGGGACUCUGAAGGUCACAGCCAACAUUGUGUUUGGUUAUGCCACGUGCGCUGAUGCUGAAGCUUAUGAAGUAUGCAAAGGAAAUCUGUCCAAUGGCAUCUUCAUGGAUUUUCUGAAGCAAAGGCUCUUGGAAAAUGAGAAGGUGACAGUCAUGCUGGACAAAGUAGCCGAAGACAUGGGACGCUGCCCUAUUGCAAGGGGCCGGCAAGCACUGGAACUGCGUAGCAACCUGUCUGAGAGACGUACCCUUUCUGAUCCCAUUAAGCUCCUGAACUGUGAGGAGGAAUACUCAGCUAGAACUCUGCAGUGGAGCAUUGCUCAUGUCCUUCCAGACAGCCGUCUCCUGACAUUUGAAUGUGGUGUUCGAGUGCAGCUGGGCUUUGCUGCGGAGUUCUCCAAUAUAAUGAUUAUCUUUACUCGUAUCCUGGAGAAGCCAAAGAAUCUCACUCUCUGUGAAGCACGCAUUACUGACUUAUCUGAAGACAUGGAUAUUGAUAUUAAGAUGACUAAUAAGGAGAGUCCAGAGGACACAGGAAGCCUCUUGAUCACACUAGACAGCUUCCAGUUCCCUGAAUCAUCAAGUCUGUACACUCGGCUGUGUGGCCUGCAGAAACUCCAGAGGGACCUGAGCUUUACUGUCUGUCUGCAGUAUCAAUACCAAGAGAUGGAUGAAUUCGUGGAGGAAAAAAAGACGGUCAGUAUAGGAAAGCCUCUGGUGGCCAAACUGGGUCUUCACCGCUGCCCUCCUCCUCCCUCUCCACUCUCUGCACCUUCUGAGCUGCAGUCCCCUGACUGGGGCUUCAGGGGAUCAAGCAGCUCUUCCUUGGGCUCAGAAUCCACAUGCUGGUCUUACUACUCCAACCCUGGUGAGCUUUCAUGCCCCACCACUCCAGGGACAAUGAGUCUGCCAGAGGAGACACUCCUGGAGAGACCACUGCCUCUGUCCGAAAAUCCACAGGACUUGACCUCUGGUGCUCGUUACUCAUGUGACAAUGUGAAUGACAUUUCGGUUCACUUCCAAAACAAAAUGAACUUCAGCUCUUGUUAGCCCGAUUCCUACCCCUUCACUUCACCAGGCAGAGUUUUUAUUAUCUCUUGAUGUAUGUGUGUAUCUGCUGCACUGCAUUAACACUGCCAGCCAUGUGCGUCUUGGGAGAAGCAGGCACCAGCUAUUUUGAUGCUUUGGGUGCAAUGCUACACUCUCACCAUGAGGUGUCACCUUGAUACUCUUUCGAGACACUGCCUUGCUGCCCCUUUGACCUGCAAACAGUCGGUAUACGCAGGAGGGAGUGCUAAGCAGCUGUGUGGAAUCCUGGCGCCUGCUAACCAAGCUGCCUGCUCUGAAUCCAAUUAUGUUGUGCAAAUCAAAGCUGUGUCCCACAGAAAAGGUUUCUCUCGUCUGCCCCAAUUAAUUCCGCUGGCUUUCCCUGAACUGGCCUGUCUCUUCCGACCCAUGAACCCCAUUAGUGGGACUGAAAUAAUAGAUUUUGCAGUUAAUUUGUAACCGGGUGUGUCACAUAGAUGUGCACCCUGGAGUUCUGAAGGAGGCCACUCCACACACCACCCCGGCUUGCAUUGUCUGUGAGGGCUUAGCUCUGACAGAGCUGUCUUUGUGGGGCCUGAAGUGAAAAGGGGCAAUGAAGACUCCAGUGCCAAUCAGGGUGAAGCCAACAUUCUCAGUAAAGCAGGACCCUGCUGACCCUCACUCUCCCAACCCACAUUUUGUGCUAGAUAAUUGGUACAGAAAGCACCAUACUGCACCACAUAACCCAGUUACUACUGGUAAACACACAUAUGUUAGAAGAAGCUUAGUAACACAAUAUUGCUGACUUUGAUACUGUAUAUACACCAGUGAAGGACAUGAAUAAGUUGCAUAAAACAAAGAAAGCAGCCAGGGAAGUGAUGAAGAAGACUGAAGGCAUGGAACAGAAGAACUUGGCCCUUUCAGAUGAACCUCACGCACAUCACGACUGGUAUCAGGACUAACUGGAUUUUUCCUCACAGGCUUUCCAGAGAAGCACUAAACUUUUGGUGUGUGAUACAACUAAAACAAAGAUAGCUACUCCUAAAAAAUGACAUUGCUGGGGAAACAAACUUUUUUAUUUUUAUUUU